CCGGGUCAAAACUAAACCCGCAGUCGCACCAAACCAGCUCCGUCUUCUCGCCGCCUCACUCUGCUCUGCUCCUCCUGGAGGCUGAGAAAUGCUGAGACAACUCAUCAGAAAGCCCCAUCUGAGACCCGCCGGAUUCGGUCUUCUUCUAUGGAAACAACAGAGAGAGCUCCAUAGUAGGAACAAGAAGGCCAUGGAGCUGAUAGCCAAAGGGUGGAGUGCUCUGAAAGAAGUUGACAGAGUUAUCGAUUACUGCGAGCCCAAUGACCGCCGUCUUAUCCCUCUUCUCAGGGGAGCAAAGGAGAAUUUUGAGUUGGCUCUUGAGACAGACAACUCCAAUACCCAUGCUAGGUAUUGGUUGUCCAAAUUGCAUUUGAAAUACCAUGUUCCCGGGGCAUGUAAAGCAAUAGGAGCUGCUUUGUUGGUUGAAGCUGCAGAUAUGGGUGACCCAGACGCACAAUACGAACUGGGUUGUCGACUGAGAGUUGAGAAUGACUAUGUUCAAUCGGAUCAACAAGCUUUUUAUUAUCUGGAGAAGGCUGUUGAUCAGUUGCAUCCAGGUGCUCUUUAUCUUCUAGGUGCUGUGUAUUUGACAGGGGAAUGUGUGAAGAAGGAUAUGGCCUCUGCACUAUGGUGUUUUCAUAGGGCAUCAGAGAAGGGACAUGCUGGUGCAGCUAUAGCAUAUGGGUCUCUUCUACUUCAAGGUGUCCAGAUCCCAGAGUCUUUAACAAAAUUCUCAAAGAGGAAUUCUUUAGCCAAGAAGACAAGAAAGGAUGUGGAAAGCCUUGUGAUAGAUCCGGUAGACAUGGCAAAAAAACAGUUCCAGAUUGCAGCAACAGCAGGAUGUGAUCUGGGACUUAAAUGGUUGGAAAGACUUGAGGAGGAAGAAAGGCGUUUAUUGACCGGAUGAUAUACCUGAUACUCUCCUUGCAUGGCUUAACCGAAAUAAUGUCAAGGACUCAAGGAUACCUGAUAUGCCUCAGGCGUUCAGCUUAUACUGGUAGAGAAGCGUGUCGUAGAACCUCCACCAUAACUAAUUCUUUCCCAGUAUUUAUGGACAAUUGCAUGGGAAAUGACAUGCUGUCAUGAACUUCUAAAGCUAAGGAAACUGCAUUCUUUGUAUAUAUUAGCCACAUAAUAUAUGCAACCAUAUGUUAAAUCUUUCCUCAUCCAUCAAAAGAAAAAAAAAAAAUGUUAAAUCUUUUCUCCUCCCAUAUUUUGACACUUGUGUAUCUUAGAAUUGGCCUUUGGUUCUCAAACGUGCCAAUGGAGUACGAGAUGUGGAAUUCUGGUUGUAAAUCUUUUCUCUUUAACACGGUGAUAGUUAGUAAUUUGUCA